UCGUCCCCAUGCCAUGCCAUGCCAUGCAGGAACAGAACAGGUGAACACUUCGGCAUACCUCUCAUACCCGACCGCGGUUUCAUACAAUUUAAUUUCGUGUCGCUCUCUCAAAGUAUACAAAACAACCUUCAAAAUGGCCACGAACUAAACUCGGACACUUUCCUUCGGUGCUAGUGAAACAAUUUUUAAGGAACAUGUUAGUUUUUAUGGUUUUGUGAUCGAACAACUCCCGGGCAGUACUCUUUUUUGUUGUAAAGUGCGGAAAGUCUCGAAAAGAAACUCAGGUGUCAAGUGAAUCAUUGCAUAUUUUGAUAAGUCGUGCAUCCUGACAUCGCAUCGGAAAGUGUGCUAAUGAAAAUCAUCAUUUUAUUAAAUUAGCGGCAAUUAAACAAGAACCACAGUGCGCGCGUAUACCACCAGAGUAAUCAGAGCAAAAACUAUUCACUUGAAAUAUUCAUAGAAGACAAAAUGAUACAGAAUUCCUACAAGGCCAUGUAUCGCCCAAAUUUCUACGAAAGCACGUGCUUGAGGUGCAACGAAACCGUGUAUCAAGUCGACAGGGUCGGACCCUUGAAGGACUUUACGUUUUUUCACAGUGGGUGUUUUAAGUGCGCCAUCUGCGGGACGAAACUUACUCUAAAGACUUAUUACAAUAAUCAACAUCGGCAGGAAGAUAAGGAAGUGUACUGUAAUAGUCAUGUACCGAAAAUUGGACCAGGGCAUUUGGAUGGUUCUUCGGUUGGUAUCAGAUCGGCUCUCAACGUUCCUAAGAGCACGAAUUUGUAUAAUGAGCAAAUCAGGGGACCUAGUCGAGUUAGCAACGAUUCAGAAGGCCUUCACGUCCGUACUCACAUAAAUGGUAGCAAUCACCAACCUCAUUCGCCAACCUAUGGAGGUUAUAGUCCAAAUAAUAAUUAUAGUUAUCAUCAAGAGACUUCUCCAUCUUACCAAUAUGGACGAUUUGAUGCCAGUGCCCUUCACAUAGCCCACGCAUUAAAGCAGACAGAAUUACAGAAAUCUUACAAAGUUCAUAGAGAAAAGCCUAUAGACUGUUACUUGGAUCGAGAUGAACAGAAAAAAUUAGAAAUGAGACAUAGGAAAGAAGAGGACGAUCUGUUUAGAAAAUUCCAAAGACAAAGAGAAGAGGAAGAAAAACGUAUUAGGGAAGAAAUUAGGGAUGAAUGGGAAAAGGAACUGGAAAGGCUCACUUCUAAAUUUGAACGAGAAAUGCAAAUUAAAAGGAAACGUGAAGAACAAAAUACGCUUUCGUUACGACACCAGCAAGAGAAAGACGAUUUAGAAAAAAAUAUGACGCUUAGAAGGGACAAGAAAAAAGAAUCACUUACGAGAAAAAUGUUGGAACACGAAAGGGCAGCGACAGCAGCAUUGGUGGAAAAACAAAGUCACGAAAUGUUGGAACUUAUUAACGAAAAACGUAGUGAAUACAUGCAAGCAGAAUCGCUUUAUAUAGAUCAUAAUGAAGCAUACACCGAAGAAGUUCAACCUUAUCCAAGUCAUGCACCUGCCCCGGCACCACCAGCGCUUAGUAAAUUUCAGGUUUAUAAUGAUCCAGUUGAAUUUGCCAACGUAGACCAAAUUGCAAUAUCAGUAGCUCAAGAAGACCAAAAAUCAUUUACAGACUUAGUUAGACAACUUGUAGGACGAUGCGGAUCGGAUGUAGAAAAGGCGAGAACUAUCUUCAGAUGGAUCACUGUCAAGAAUUUAAAUACGAUGUCCUUUGACGAAAACCUUCGAGGAGAUACGCCGAUGGGACUACUAAGAGGCAUUAAAAAUGGAACGGAAAGCUACCACGUCUUAUUUAAAAGAUUAUGCAGUUAUGCUGGACUUCACUGCGUAGUAAUAAAGGGAUAUUCAAAGUCAGCUGGAUAUCAACCAGGAGUGAUAUUCGAAGACAACAGGUUUAGAAAUUCUUGGAAUGCGGUCUACGUUGCGGGAGCUUGGAGAUUUGUGCAAUGUAACUGGGGAGCCAGACAUCUAGUCAAUGCUAAAGAAGCACCAAAAGCUGGUAACAAAGCCAAAUCCGAUAGUUUAAGGUACGAGUAUGACGACCACUAUUUCCUUACCGAUCCCAAAGAGUUUAUUUACGAGUUCUUCCCCCUUCAAUCCGAUUGGCAAUUGCUCAAAAGUCCCAUAACGCAACAGGAAUUCGAAGAGCUUCCAUUCGUACGAUCACUGUUCUUCCGUUACGGACUCUACUUCUCAGAUCCCAAUACAAAGGCUGUUAUGUAUACGGAUUCUACAGGUGCUGCUACUGUUAAAAUUGCUAUGCCAUCUCAUAUGCAAGCAACUUUGAUCUUCCAUUACAAUUUGAAGUUCUACGAUAGCGAAGGUGAUACGUUUGAAGGUGUUUCCUUGAAAAGAUUUGUCAUGCAAUCCGUUGUUGGAAACAUGGUAGCCUUUAGAGUUCACGCGCCUUGCAGCGGAGCCUUUUUAUUAGACAUCUUCGCCAAUGCCGUCACCCCCAAAGAGUACCUGACAGGAGAACCAAUGAAAUUCAAGAGCGUUUGCAAGUUUAAGAUCUGUUGCGAAAACUUACAAACUGUUAUGGUGCCCUUACCAGACUGUGCGAGCGGAGAAUGGGGACCAACUAAGGCUACGAGGUUGUUUGGACUAGUACCUAUUACUCAUCAGGAUUCGCUAGUAUACGCUGGAAGAGAACUAGAAAUCCAGUUCAGAAUGUCACGCCAACUUACAGACUUCAUGGCGACACUUCACAAAAACGGAGUAGAAGAAAAGCGCUUAUCAAAAUUUGUAUCACAUAGUGUCGCUGAAGAUAUAGUAACCUUCAAUAUCAGCUUUCCCGAAGAAGGUCAAUAUGGUUUGGAUAUUUACACUCGAGAAAUGGCUUCUAACUUAGAUUUGACGGGAGAAAAACAUCUUUUAACUCAUUGUUGUAAAUAUUUGAUAAACUCCUCUAAACGCAAUUGAAUUUAGGCAUAAUUAAUUGAUUCAGAAGCAUUUUAAAUAUGGAGUUUUCCUAACCAUUCAUUUUUAUUGAAAAAAGUAUUUUUAGAGACUGAGUCGUUUUUAAAUACAAAAUUCUUGUUAGGACAAUACUGCAUAUAAAUAAAGAGCUUUUAUUUUUUAGGUUAUUUAACAACGGCUAAGAAAUAACUAUAAUAUAACCAUACAGAAAUUUCAAAUCAUCAAAUUUAUAGACGAUAGAAUUUGAGUUCAUUUCUGCUAUUUCAAUAUUCACUAUUUUUCACAACUUGUGGCCCUGGGCCGAUAACCUGUUAGAAACGUCUGAUACGAAUAUUCAGCGUGAACUAAAAUUUGACUCUUAAUCUUAAUAGAGAUAGCAUACACUGAGCAACCAUUAUAAAAUAUUUUGAUACAUAAUAGCAGAUUAUUCUUGUGACAAACGUUAAAUUUAAAACCAUUAAAAAUAGCAUUGCUUCUGAAUCAAUUAUACAUACGGUGCUAAUGUUUAAUAAUGUAAACCAAACAAGGUAAUGACGUAUUUACAAGAUGUAAUUCUUAACAUUUUAACUUACCUACUCAAGUUUCGAAUAAAUAAUUAAAGAAUGUCAUUCAUACAAAGUGUACAUUACAUAGUACAUUUUAUAUGAGGAAUCAGUAGUGUUGCCCAAAAUCGGUCUUGGUCUUGUUAUUGCGUUUUCGCAAGACUAAGACCAAAACUGACCGUGCAAGAUUUGAGCAAGAACAAGACUAAGCUUGCGAGACUCUUGCGUCUUGGAGUUAGGACUGAGUGUCGUUUCAGGGAGUAUAAAGGUAGAAACGCAUCAGAGAGUCGCGUCUCGUCGCGACGAGUCGGACGCGACUCGUCGCGAACAACACAGUACAGGGCUUGAGAUUCUCAUUAAAGAUGUUGUUCUGAAGCUAUUUCCUUGUGGCAUUUUUUAUAAUCAACUAUUUAUAAUGGGAAAUAAGCCACAAUUUUACCAAAAAAAAGACUUUAUUAACGUUUCGAAGCCCAAAUCGGGUUUCGUUGUCAAAAUACAAAAUACUACUAAAAUAAACAAAAUUGUUGUUCUGAUUAUUAUUUUUAUUUUUAAGAAUUCUUUUUUGAAAUGCCAGAUUGAAAAUCUUCAUGAGAGUGUGAUGAAAUUGAUGGAGCAAAUCAGGAGAGCAAAAAAUAUUAUUCCAAUCCUCCUGAUUACAUAAUUUGAUAAACAUGUCAAAAUAUCUUUUGCUAAAAAUUCUACCCCAUCUGGCUGUAUGAGGUGGAUUCUAAGGGGAAAUUCACAUAGAAUGGGAUCAUGAUCCGAUGAAAAAUAGGAAAUCACUUUACACUCAGCCAGAUCUGGAUGUAGAUUAGUACAAAUAUAAUCCAAUAUGCUGCUAUCUCUGGUUGGAUCGUUAACCAGCAUUCUCAUAUUAAAACUAUUAAGUAAAUUUGUAAUGGUAAUAACAUGGCUGUGUGAUGAAUCCAGAUAAUCAAUAUUAAAGUCACCUGUCAAGAUAAUAAAUGCAUUUUGUCGAAUUUUUUCCAGCAAGGAUUCCAAUCUUUGAAAGAAUAGCUGCACAAUAGACUUAGGGGGUCUGUACACAACAAUGAGAAAAGUAUUAAGUUUCUUACUGAAAGUAAUAGAAAAUUCGAAUUCAGAUUCAACACAGAGGUGGUUAAAUUUAUUAUAGUCAACAAAAUUGAAUUUAUACUGAAAUGUUAUAUUAAUUAAAAUUAAUGUGCCUCCGUGGAUGCUUUCAGAUCUGCAAAAUUUUGAUAUUACGGAGUAAUUAUUAACACAAAGUGUUUCCAGACGAUACAACCAGUGCUAAGUUAAAAGCACAAGAUCUGGCCAAUUAUUUUCGCUAAGAAACACUUCCAGUUCCUCGACUUUAUUUCGUAUAGAACAUAUGUUGUAUAAAAUAAUAGAAAAUUUACUUACAAUAUUCGAUUCAGAUAUACUGGUAUCCAGUUUAUCACCUACCACACUUACAAUAUUAUUUACAAAACAACUGUUUGGUGAUGAUAAAAGCACCGUUUCUAUUGGAUUUACUUGACUAAAAAAGAGUCUGGUCUAUCUUCUCCAGUUGACAGACCUCUAUUGUGAUGCUCUCGAUCUAAAAAUCUUCUUCCUAACCUAAAGUUAAAUCGUUCGAUGCCAAUUUUUUUCGGCCAAAAAGCAGGAUUGUAAAUUUCUUCCCUUAAGUCGGGUAGUACACCUAUCAUGAAACAUUGAUUAUCCCUUCUUUUCUGGUCAGUUGGUAACAAUUUUACUUGUAUAUCCUCACAGUUUGUCUCAGUUAUUAUGAAACUCUUGAUGUGAUCCGCAUUUACACUAUCCGGAACUUUUGAGAUGAAAAGCCACAAUUUUUUGUCUGGUUUUUCGGAUUUUCCAUGGAAAUCCUUAUCACCAAUUCCAGUUCCCAUUAUUUUCUUGCGUCUUUUUGUCACAAUCUGAUAUCCUUCAUCGUUCGUUUUAUUCUCUGAACUACCCAUUGUGAUAUAAUUAAGAUUCAUUUUUGUGCCUUCUUCAUUUUCAACAGUUAAAUUUGUAAUGUAUUCACAUGUCUGUUUGGUUUGAAUUUCCAUUAUUUGUGCAUUUAAUUCGUUUGUAAUAAUUUUUGAAUUGCCCUGUAUAUUGUUGACAUCUGAUUGAAUUGGUUGUUUAUAUUUAUUUUCGAUGUUUUUAUUUUCUGGGCAACUCACAUGUCUGGUUAUAUCUGUCCAACCCCAUUUUAUGUCCUAACUACUUGCAUGAUGCAGUCUGUUCAAUAUCCCUUCUAUCAACAGAAAUAUUACGAAGGAAAGGGAAAAGGCAGCCUCUGUUUUUAUUUGAUUCAGAGUUGGACCACCAUCUCCAGACAGCUAUUUCUGCAUCUCAUGCGUCCUCGUUGGAGCUAUGCACUCACAGCUCUAAACCAAAUAUCAAGGAAAUCACCGCGAAGCAAUGAUUCCACCUUUGAGACGCAAAACAGCGAGUAAUAUUACGAUUUAGCACCAGAGCAGACAUAAUUUCAGUCUUGCUCUUGUUAAUCUUUAGUCCAACCUCCAAGGAAAUGUGAUAUAAUUUUUCCAACAUUAUUAUUGCAUCAUCCAUACAAUCGGCUAUAAGGACGAUGUCAUUCUGACAAUCUCAAAUGACCGAGCUUGUUUAUUAUUGGUUGCUAGGAAGUAUUAAUCUGUCUAUUGAUUUUUUGUAUAUGUUUUGAAUUUGAUUUGAAUAAAUUACAUUCCACUUAGAACAAGCAUCUGGAUACGUCAUUGCAACGAUGCUCAUUGAAAAGACGCAUCGUUCUAACACUUGCCUAAAAACCCACAUUAACUCUGUUUAAUUGAAUAUUUUCUAUGAACGUGCAAUAACUUUGACAGAUGUAUAAAUUAAGUACCAGUGUUUUGUUUUUAUAUUUUUGUUAUUAAUAUGAUAUGCACAUGUUAUUAAAUAUUAUAUUUUCUGUUAAUAAAUGACCUUAAUAUAUAAUUUACGAAAAUAUUACAAAAUAAUAAAAUGACAAAUCAGUUGCUUCCUUUUACUAUAAAUUUAUAUUUGUAACUGAAAAAUUAUCCAAUAAAUCUAUUUAUUUAUAA